AUGGUGAAUAGCCUUGCAGAAGGAAUCCAAGUUAAUGCUCAGGCAGGUACAUACGAUGAGAUUAUAUUUGUUCCUGGAAAGUUUACUGUCCCUCAACCACUCAGUGGCCCGCCAAAGAUUCCCAAGACUGCAAUGAGGAUCUGCCGUAUCUACGUCUCUCAACGAACGACAGUGUACAAUGGACGUCUAAACUGGAACAUCCCCAAGCAUCUGGCACGCUUCAAGUUUUCCGCACCGCCAACUCAAGCUGGACAGUCUCCUCCUAAAACUCUUGAUGUCGCCGUGUACCCACCCGGAACCAUGGACGGUGAUGGCGUCCGUCCGUUCUUCGCGUGUACUCUCCAACCGUUCACAUGGGUGCCCUCAAUCCCGUUCAAUGCCAACUACCUCCCAAUAGACAAAACACCCGCGCUACCCCCUCUCCCCGAGGCCCCAGCCCAGAAGAAAGCAGCUGCUGCGGAAGUCGAGGCAGGAGCUAAGAAUGCCGAACAAAUCAACCCGUACAACACCAGCCCCCAGCACGAGGAAGCUCUCCUAGCGGGAACAGACAAGUGGUGCACGUUCGACUUCGUAGCUUCUGCGCCUAGAUUGCGGGGAUGUUGGGUAACUGUGCACGAGGGCGUAAAGGAAGGUAGAGAGAGCGUGGACGAGUCGGACCAGUACUGGCCUCGAAGCAUCCAGCCGUGGGCUGUCGGUGCUUGGCUCGAGGAGACCGAACUGUACAUCGGUCCUCCUGUGCAAUGGAAACUAUAG